ACGCCUGCGCGGUGCUGUCUCCAGCUCGGCGCCUGCGCUGUACGGCGCUCUAGCACUCUGAGGGAAGAGGGGUAAUUGCAGCCCCGGCGGUUGUUGUCGUCGCUGACGCCGACGCCGCUUGGAGAAGCGCGUCCUCUUCCCUCCUUACCGGGCCUGGCCUCCCCCCCCCCCCCCAGUGAGAAAGAAGGAGGAGUAAGCGGCGCUGUCCGAUUUGUUUGUAAAUGCAUAUCAAACAGGUAGCCAAGAAUGAAGAAAGCUAGCCGGAGCGUUGGUUCAAUGCCCAAGGUGCCUGGGAUAAAUAAAAUACAAACGGUGGAAAAAGUCAAACCAGAAAACAGUUCCACGGUAUCUGCGGUCACAAAACUUUCAAAAACUGGGACAGCAUCAUCAUUAUUGAAGACAAAGAGCAAUGAUGAUCUUUUAGCUGGGAUGGCUGGAGGGGUUACUAUGAGCAACGGUGUCAAGGGAAAAAAGAGCACUUGCACUUCGACAGCGCCUUCCACUGCAGGGACCACCAUGAACAACCUGGAGAAUAAAUCCAAGUCUGUUACAGGUACAACUUCUGCAGCAAAGCGUAGCACUUCGGCUGGGAAUAAGGAAUCCAACUCUUCUCGAGAAAGAAUUCGUGACCGUUCGCGGCUGACCCAAAGCAAAAAAUUGCCACUAGCUGGGCAGACAAGCAAUGAUACAGUCCUUGCAAAACGCUCCCGUAGCCGUGCUAACCCGGACUCUGAUAUUCGCAUGAGCAAGUCUAAAUCAGACAAUCAGAUCAGUGACAAAUCUGUUCUGGAAGCAAAAGUAAAAGAUCUUUUGACUUUGGCCAAAACAAAAGAUGUAGAGAUCUUACACCUGAGGAAUGAGCUCAGAGAAAUGCGUGCUCAGCUUGGCCUAAAUGAAGAUCAGUUUGAGGGAGUUGAGAAAUCUGAGGAGAAAGAAACCAUCGUUGUCCACCAGCCAACUGACGUUGAGUCCACAUUAUUGCAGUUGCAAGAACAGAACACUGCCAUCCGGGAGGAGCUCAACCAGUUGAAAAAUGAGAAUCGGAUGUUGAAGGACAGGCUAAACGCAUUGGGGUUUUCUCUGGAGCAAAGGCUGGACAACUCUGAAAAGCUGUUUGGCUACCAGUCUUUGAGCCCAGAAAUGACAGCUGGAAGCCAUAGUGAUGGUGGGGGUACCCUCACUUCCUCAAUAGAAGGUUCUGCCCCUGGUUCAAUGGAAGAUCUUCUGAGUCAUGACGAGAACACCUUGAUGGACAAUCAGCACAGUAACUCCAUGGAUAACUUGGACAGUGAGUGCAGUGAAGUUUAUCAGCCGCUCACUUCAAGUGAUGAUGCCUUGGACGCUCCAUCCUCUUCAGAGUCUGAGGGUGUGCCAAGCAUAGAAAGGUCAAGGAAAGGGAGCAGUGGCAAUGCCAGUGAAGUAUCUGUGGCUUGCUUGACGGAGCGGAUACACCAGAUGGAAGAGAACCAUCAUAGCACAGCUGAGGAACUUCAAGCCACUCUACAGGAACUUGCAGACUUGCAGCAGAUUACACAAGAGUUGAACAGUGAGAACGAAAGGCUUGGUGAAGAAAAGGUUAUUCUUAUGGAGUCUUUGUGCCAGCAGAGUGAUAAGUUGGAACAUUUUAGCCGGCAGAUUGAGUACUUUCGCUCCCUUUUAGACGAGCAUCAUAUAUCUUAUGUUAUUGAUGAAGACAUGAAAAGUGGGCGCUACAUGGAGUUGGAGCAACGCUACAUGGACCUUGCAGAGAAUGCACGUUUUGAAAGAGAACAACUCCUUGGCGUCCAGCAGCAUCUGAGCAACACUUUGAAGAUGGCAGAACAAGAUAACAAGGAAGCUCAGGAGAUGAUCGGGGCGCUAAAGGAACGGAAUCACCAUAUGGAACGAAUUAUUGAGUCGGAACAGAAAAGCAAGACCGCUCUAGCAGCCACUUUGGAUGAGUACAAAGCCACAGUCGCCAGUGACCAGAUCGAGAUGAACCGGCUGAAAGCCCAGCUAGAGCAUGAGAAGCAGAAAGUUGCUGAGCUGUAUUCCAUACACAAUUCUGGUGACAAAUCGGACAUACAAGACUUGCUAGAAAGUGUCAGGCUUGACAAGGAGAAAGCAGAGACGUUAGCCAGCAGCCUGCAAGAGGAGCUCGCUCAUACGCGUAACGAUGCCAACCGCCUGCAAGACGCCAUUGCAAAGAUAGAAGAUGAAUAUAGAGCUUUCCAAGAAGAAGCAAAAAAGCAAAUUGAGGACCUGAAUAUUACCUUGGAAAAACUUCGGACCGAUCUGGAUGAAAAAGAAACAGAAAGGAGUGAUAUGAAGGAAACCAUAUUUGAAUUGGAAGAUGAAGUAGAGCAGCAUCGAGCGGUAAAACUCCACGACAAUCUCAUUAUAUCUGACCUGGAGAAUACUGUUAAAAAGCUUCAAGACCAAAAGCAUGAUAUGGAAAGAGAGAUCAAGACUCUUCACAGACGGCUCAGGGAGGAGUCUGCGGAAUGGCGGCAGUUCCAAGCUGAUUUGCAGACGGCUGUGGUCAUAGCAAACGAUAUAAAAUCUGAGGCUCAAGAAGAGAUUGGAGACCUAAAGCGCAGGCUGCAUGAAGCUCAAGAGAAGAACGAAAAACUCACAAAAGAGCUGGAGGAAAUAAAAUCACGCAAGCAAGAAGAGGAACGUGGCCGCGUUUACAAUUACAUGAAUGCUGUUGAAAGAGACUUAGCAGCUUUGAGGCAAGGAAUGGGUUUGAGUCGCAGGUCAUCCACUUCUUCAGAGCCAACGCCCACUGUAAAAACUCUCAUCAAAUCCUUUGACAGUGCCUCACAAGUUCCUAGUCCAGCUGCAGCUACAAUGCCUCGUACCCCCCUGAGCCCAAGUCCUCUUAAAACCCCUCCUGCAGCAGCAGUAUCUCCAAUGCAGAGGCAUUCCAUAAGUGGACCAAUAUCUGCUUCCAAGCCCCUCACAACUCUGUCAGACAAAAGGCCAAGUUAUGCAGAAAUCCCAGUGCAAGAUCAUUUGCUGAGAACUUCCUCAACCAGCAGACCAGCUUCCCUGCCAAGAGUUCCUGCUAUGGAAAGUGCCAAAUCUAUUUCUGUGUCUCGGCGAAGCAGUGAAGAAAUCAAGCGGGACAUCAGUGCCCCUGAUGGAGCAUCUCCAGCCUCUCUCAUAGCAAUGGGGACCACUUCACCACAGCUGUCUCUCUCGUCUUCACCUACAGCGUCCGUCACCCCUACGACACGCAAUCGAAUAAGAGAAGAGAGGAAGGACCCUUUGUCAGCUCUGGCCAGAGAAUAUGGAGGCUCCAAGAGAAAUGCUUUGCUGAAGUGGUGUCAGAAGAAAACAGAAGGGUAUCAGAAUAUCGAUAUCACAAACUUCAGCAGCAGCUGGAAUGACGGGUUGGCUUUCUGUGCUGUUCUUCACACUUACCUCCCAGCUCAUAUUCCCUAUCAAGAGCUGAACAGUCAAGACAAGAAAAGAAAUUUCACUCUGGCUUUCCAGGCAGCUGAAAGUGUUGGCAUCAAAUCCACUCUGGACAUUAAUGAGAUGGUACGAACGGAACGCCCAGACUGGCAGAAUGUCAUGUUGUACGUUACAGCGAUUUACAAAUACUUUGAAACCUGAGAGCUGGAAUAGCAAUAGAAAAUGUUGGGGAAGCACAAUCCCAGCACCACACACUAAGCUCAACCAACACCUCUUGACUUUGGAUGAAACUCUAAAACAGCAUUCUGAGUGGCUUUGGUGAGCAAGGUUUCGUUAACCCAGCACUUGGGCAAACCCAAAUAGCUAAAUGAGCUGGAUUAAAUUAUUAGCCUGUGAAGCCUGAACUUUACAAAUGACCCUGUAAGGCCAAGUGUCAAAAAGCUUCCAAACUUCCGUUGGUGAAGAGCGAACUGAAUGAGAUGCCACUGAAUCGACAAGGCUGAAACGUAAGGGAAGGAAGUCUCUAGGACUGUAUUGCAAGACUUUUCUUCAUGGAAAACACCUCUGGCGGUUGGGUGGAUGUUCUGCUUGUUGCUCCUCACCUAAGUACAGGAAAAACUUUUAAUCAUCACCUAGUUAUUGCCUUAUUCUAUCUCCAGCUCCUCAAAGUGCACAAUUCUUAUAGGAAGUACAAGGGUGUCUUCUCCCAUUGAGUUCACCUGACUGAAGAAUGGUGUCAAAUCUUGGCCUACUCUCAGUGCACAAAACGAAGAGUCUGUGUUUAAGCCUACCUCUCUUCUCCAUGGCUUCCAACUUUAUUACUGGAUGGAUUCCAGCCUUGCACAUUUGAUUCCCAACUUUGAGGAUAUUACCAUGUGCAGGUGAUUGGACACACUGCAAUUUGUUGUGCUUCCAAGAGAAUUUAGCUUAUAUGGAAUUUACUUUUAUUUGGCAAAGUGUAACCUUUCCUUUGCAGGAGCUCAGAUGAUGCAUCACCUGAGAUUAAACUGGUUGAAAUGAUUGUUUUGAUCGUUGGAUAGGUUAAGCUCCUAUUCAGAAGAGAACUUUCUGCAACUAGCAAUAACUGCUUCUUGCCCCUACGGCCUGCAGGUAGCUUUGCGGUGUGUUCUGAUCUGAUUGUCUGCCAAAAGCAGCAGCAGUAGCUGCUGCCUGUUCCCAGGUUUGUCUAAAAGGGCCUUCCAUGGGCUUCCCUUUCAGGAAUGACUUAAAUGAAUGGAGCAUACAUAGGAGCAGCAGCCAUGAUUCGUAGAUUGUGCCUGCGAGCUGAAAAUUGACCUCCUAUAAGCCUAGUUUAAAAUGUGGGGUCAAUGCUGGCAAGAGAAGAAAAUGCAGAGUUCAGGACAUUUGUACUGUGGUGUUGAGUCCACUUGGCACAACUCUCUGGGAGAAAAGCAUUAAAGCAAGUGCCUUACUUGGCUCUGAGGUAAGAGGAGCUCUAAUUGCAAGGCAGUGCACAAAAGACUUCAGACAUUUGGUGGUAGCAGUGAGGCUUCUAUUGUUCUGUCCUUCUCUAAGAAGGCCUCAGCACCUACCAUCUUUUUCCUAGAUGCAGAGCAACUGUUAGUCCCCCCCAAGUGGAGACCCAGUUACUGCUGAGGGAUAGGGAUCUUUUGAGUCCCCCAUUUUGAUGAACCCCAUAUCCCUGUUACUUAUAGAUGUAUUUAGCUUUCAUUUUUCCCCAACAGCUCAACUAGAAAUAAUCCUCUUUCUUUCUUUUUUUCAAUCCUUUCUGUGUGCCUGGAACUCUUAAAGGACACUUUUUGAAUGUCAUAGGUAUAUGAAUGGUCACGAAUGUAGCCCCGGUCCAAGGUCUGCUGUGAAAGAGUCACUAUGACAGGAGCAGGUGCCAAACUGAAUUUUGGGACAAGUCGGAAUAAACUUUGAACCUUUCAUUGUGCCUCCAGUACCCCCUGCCUUGUACAUGGUUUCAUAGCUCAAGGAAUACAAGCAAAACUUACAUGUGGCUAUAAAAUGGCUGGUGAGCUCCCAUUGCAAGUGUUUAAAUUCAACUCCUACUUUCCAGUGGUUUUUCUCCUUCCUCUCAAAUUGUGAGGCUAAUAUCAAAGGUUCCUGCAAAUACCUAAAUGACUUUGGCUUUUUGAGUGAACAGAGUUAGCAUUUCCCAGUUAGGGACAAAGAGUUGCAGAUUUUUUAGAUGGAACUCACCCUUCAA